GGCGUGUCCCCUUUCGGAAGGCUGGUAGCACAGGCGCGACCACGCCUCUGUCUGGGGCCGAAGGGAGGUCCGGGCAAGGAGGCGCUCACUCCGGGGUUGUUUCUGCCAGAGCGCACCAGAACACUCAGCUGCGCUAAGCAGCAGCAGCCAACAGACCCGACUCUGAUUGCCCAGAGAACGCUGAGCUUUCGCAGAGGUUUUCGACCUGAAGCGGACGGCGCCUCGCUGCUGCUUUCCUCACUGAGGCUUUGGGCGUUCGGUCUCUCGCGUCAGGGAAGAAGUGUUGCGCGACAGUCGGUGCUUCCUUGGCCUUGUUGCUCGCGGCCAGGUUUCGGACCCUGGGUUCCCAGGGCCUCCCCGAUGUGGGGAGACGCGGCCUCCUCCCUGCUGCAGCCUGCGUAG